UAGGUUAUCUUAUAAUUUCAUAAAUUGUCAUGCAUUUUAAAUUUUUACUUUUGGUUGCUUACAAUUCAUUUGUUAGAUACAAAGACUACACAGAUGCCACCUGGGCAAGCCACUAAGAGGAGGUCGACGACCUCAAUGUCAGAGGCAAACCUGGUUGAGCUCCCAGCUGCAUCUCCUGUGGAUGCAUUUGCAAGUCUAUCUCCUGUGGAUGCAUCUCCAUCUUCGCAAACAGUUGAUAUUGGUCCAUCUGUAAAGCGAGUACGAGGUCCAACUAGGGGUAAGAACAGUAGUAGACUCAUGAGCCAACAUGGUGGGAAGAAGCUUUUUGUUGGAGUUUCUAUUGAGAGGAGGACAUUUGUGGGGCUUAAUGCCACCAAGGCCGCUAACGAAUUGGGGGCACAAAUUUGA